AUGGUCAUCAAAAUCCGCCUUGCGCGCUUCGGCCGCACCAACCAGCCCAUCUACAACAUUGUUGUGUCGCAGGCACGGACAGCACUCAGGAGCCGACCCAUGGAGGUGCUCGGCACAUACGACCCGAUACCACGGCGCGACCCCUACGAGGCGAUGAACCAGCGUCCCGGCGCGCCGCCGCCGAAAGCACACAAGGACAUCAAGCUGGACAUUACGCGGGCCAAGUACUGGAUUGGUGUCGGGGCGCAGCCGACGAAGACGGCAUGGCGGAUAUUGUCAAUGGUGGGCAUCCUGGAGAAAAAGAAGCGGCCAGACCCCCCGCGACCGCUGGGGCCUGUGCCGGAACAGGCAGUACCAGCUUUCGUUCCGAAGAAAUAG